CGAACGAAUGAAUUAUUAUCUGGGAGUAAGAGUUUGGCCAAAUGAACUCGAUUUUGACGAAUAACGUGUACAAAUGUUAGUCAGUUGUGCGGUGCACCUUGUUCUACGGAAAAGUGUUUCCUGAAGAAUAUUCUGUAUUUACAAUGGAUGAGUGAUAGCGACGAGGACAACGAAGAGGGGGAAGGCACCGUGUCGCUAGCAGGGUUCCUGUUUGGAAACAUAGAUAUGAAGACGGGCCAACUGGAAGACGACAUUCUCGACUCAGAAUCUAAACGACAAUUAAAUGCUUUACAAAAAUUUGGUUUGGGAUCCAUAAUCGACGACGUGAUGGAAGGACAAGGCCAGCCUCAGCAAUGUGAAAAAUCAAAGAAAUCAAAAACUCGGCGAUUGGUAUCAUCCUAUGACUCUUCUUCAGACUCGGACGAUGAUGACGAUGAUGAUGAUGCUCCACAGCCAGUCAGCACCCGUACGGAAUCUCCUAGCUUGCCAUCUGACCAGGAAUCCAAAGGCGAGGAUGAAAUAUUUGACGAACAAAAAUCACCGUCUGCCGUAGAUUUCUCAGACAUUAAUGAAUUAGCGGAGGAAGAGUCUUCUGCACUCGCCACCUUGACCUCGGCUUCAAAAGCGUAUGACGACGAUGAUACUGACUAUGAUGACCCCAACCCAUCUUCAGAGGAGGGAGGAAGACACGUGCGACGACUGUUCACUGAGCGAGACGACAAAUACCUAAUGCCACCCCCUUUAACCACACAUAUAAAGAAAGCAGCUGGGCCUGGAGAUGGAACCACCCCCACCAAAGAAACAUCCAGCCCAAACACUUCACCCGUAAAAUCUCCUCCUCCCACUUCCGCUCAAUCUACUACUUCUGCUGCCGCUGAAGUAUUAUUGUCUGGAAAAAAGCUCGAGACUCCGCUCGCCGCAAUGAUGCCUUCUAAAUAUGAAGGUGUAAAUGUGAGUGAAAUAUUUCCAGAAUUCCGUCAAGGAAAGGUACUGCGGUGGGCGAGAUUGUUCCUACCUGGUAAAUCAAACAGCCUUCCUCAAAUUUGGAAGAAUGUAAAAAGACGACGCAGAAAGAGAAAAAUUCUUGCCGAGGGACAAGCUGCAGCUGACGCUGCGGAAGAAGCAGAUAGAGAAAAGCGAGGCUGGGGAUUUCAAUAUGCUGACGACGCCAGCUGUUUUGCAAUGGGAUCCGAAGACGAGGAAGAAUUUCUCAGCGAUAACCUAGAGAAACCCAAGAGUGACAAUCAAAGAAACAAUGUCGAAGGACGAUCAAUUAUUUCAACAAAUCCCAACAUGUGGCGUCAUGGUCCAGCAGAAUUAUGGUUUGAUAUGUUGAAUGUGGCAGAGGACGGUGAAAAUUUUGAUUAUGGGUUUCAAAUCCAAAAUCUACGAUCUCGCAAAGAAGACCAGGACGAAUCCAGCUCGGAGGAUGAAGAUGCGGGUGACAAGGAAAAUUCUAAUCUAACCGACGCAGCCUUAUUCCCUGGUGAGUCGUUCCACAUGCUGACGCAGAGGGACUGGGAGACGGACAUUGUGUGGGAUGGAAGCGACGCCAAGUAUAAGAAACUUACCAAGAACACUGCAGCAGGAUGGGUCCCUUCAGGCGUUAAUCGGACGGCACAAAACUUUAGCCAACCAGGUGCCAAGGGGGCUCCACCAACGGGAACUGCGACAAAUAUGACAGGCUCGGGGAAAAAGGGUGAUAAAGAAGGAGGUCCGAUGGCGAGCACUUUUACGUCGCACAGUGGUGGUGGUGGUUCCUCCACUCCGGGUAGUGGAAUGGGGGUAAAACAGUCGGGUAUCAAGGGGAUGAAGGAUGGCGAAGGUGGUCAAGUUGAUGACACGUGGUACUCCAUCUUCCCCGUGGAAACCCCAGAGUUGGUCUAUGGGCGAUGGGAGGAUGAGGUCAUCUGGAGUAUACAAGAAUUGGUGGAUGUUCCAGAGCCUAAAGUCCUUUCCCUCGAUCCAAACGAUGAGAAUAUCGUGCUCUGUAUCCCAGAUGAUGUCGAUCCGAGUGCAAGUCAAGGAACGGCAGCUCCAGUCAAGGUGAAGAUUCCUCACCCACAUGUCAAGAAAUCUAAGAUUCUGUUAGGGAAGGCUGGUGUUAUCAAUGUCAUUGAGGAAGACAGUCCUCCACCAUCUCCAAAAAAUAAUGACAAGGAUCCCUAUAAUAUUUCGAACGAUGAAUUCUACCUUCCCAAGUUUUCGGAGCAGUCGCUUUUGAAGAUUAGUGCAUCUGGCAAUAUUAUUCAACAUUCUACCCCUGUUGUGGAACUGAGAGCCCCGUUCAUUCCCACCUUCAUGAGUCAGGCCAAACUUCGAGCUUUUCAUCGUCCUGCUAUGAAACGAUAUAAUAGCGGUCCGUUGUCCCAGCCCGGUCCACAUCCAGUAUUCUCUUUGACAAGACAUAUCCGUAAAAAGGCAAAACAACGGGAACAAGAACGACUUGCUGCUGGAGGUGGUGACAUUUUCUUCAUGCGCGGUCCAGACGAUCUCACUGGAAAGGACGGAGAGCUACUGCUCAUCGAAUACUGUGAAGAACAUCCCCCUCUUCUCAGUCAAGUUGGAAUGUGCUCUCGAAUUCGAAAUUACUACAAACGUCAGGCUGGAAAGGACAAGGGCCCUCCUGAGCUUCCCUAUGGAGAAGUGGUCUACGCUCACACAACCCCCUUCUUGGGAAUUAUGCAGUCUGGCUCCUGCAUUCAGACUUUGGAAAGCAUGCUGUACAGAGCACCCAUUUAUCAACAUCCAGUAAUACACUCGGAUUUCCUGGUCAUCCGAACUCGUCAAAAUUACUUUAUUCGGGAAAUAGAUGCAUUAUUCACUGCAGGACAAGAGUGUCCGCUGUUUGAAGUACCUGGUCCUAAUUCAAAACGUGCAAAUAAUUUUGUUCGGGACUUUUUACAAGUCUUUAUUUAUCGUCUGUUUUGGAAGAGCAGAGAUAGUCCACGCCGUAUUCGAAUGGAGGAAAUCAAACGAGCUUUCCCCAUGCAUUCUGAGAGCAGUAUUAGGAAGAGGUUAAAACUCUGUGCCGACUUCAAGCGUACGGGGGUUGAUUCGAAUUGGUGGGUUAUCAAGCCAGAAUUUCGAUUACCCACAGAAGAAGAAAUCAGAUCAAUGGUUUCCCCCGAACAAUGUUGUGCCUAUUGCAGUUUGAUUGCUGCAGAACAGCGACUAAAGGAUGCUGGAUACGGUGAAAAAUUCUUAUUUGCUCCCCAAGAAGAUGACGACGACGAGAAUCAAAACAAGAUUGAUGACGAAGUCAAGACUGCACCAUGGAAUACAACUCGUGCAUAUAUUCAGGCUAUGAAAAACAAGUGUCUCCUCCAACUUACAGGCCCAGCAGAUCCAACUGGAUGUGGGGAAGGUUUCUCUUACAUUCGCGUCCCAAACAAGCCUCAAACAAACAAAGAAGAACAAGAAGCACUUCCAAAAAGAAUUGUGACUGGAACAGAUGCAGAUUUGCGUCGGCUGUCCUUAAACAAUGCAAAAGCUUUACUAAGAAAGUUUGAUGUUCCAGAAGAAGAAAUCAAAAAGUUGUCAAGAUGGGAAGUCAUUGAUGUUGUUAGAACAUUGUCCACAGAGAAGGCCAAAGCUGGGGAGAAAGGAAUGACGAAAUUCAGCAGAGGAAACAGAUUCUCCGUGGCUGAACACCAAGAACGGUACAAGGAGGAAUGUCAACGAAUCUUUGAACUUCAAAAUCGCGUCCUCUCCAACAACGAAGUUCUAUCGACGGACGACGAUGAGAGCUCGGACUCCGAGCUUUCCGACAUUGAAGAAAUGGGAAAGAAUAUUGAGAACAUCAUUUCAAACAAGAAGACCAAUACACAGGUGAACUUGGAGAAAGAGGAGCAAGAACGACGCGAGCUACAGAAAAUGAUUUUAGGAGAAUCAAAGGACGAUGAUGACAAGUCUCCCCGGAAGAAACGAAAGGAGGACGAGGAAAAUCUGACUCUCAGCGGAUUAGUUAAUCAUCCUGGCCGUGUAUUGAGAAUUCAGAGAACUUUCCGUACUCCCGACGGCAAAGAAUACACCAGGAUGGAAACAGUACGAAAGUCGGCCAUUAUUGACAUAUACAUGCGCAUCCGUACAACGAAAGAAGAAUCAUUUAUUCGCCAGUUUGCACUGUUGGAUGAGCAGGCCAAGGAAGAGCUGAAGAAAGAAAAACGUAGAAUUCAAGAGCAACUGAGACGAAUCAAGAGAAAUCAAGAAAAAGAUACAACAAAGCCCACUCCAGCUCCUCGGAAGAAGAAGAUAAAGUUGAAACCGGACUUGAAAAUGAAAUGUGGGGCUUGUGGUCAAGUUGGUCAUAUGAGGACGAAUAAGGCAUGCCCACUCUACAAUUCUUCCGGAAAUUCUCCUCCUCCAUCACAAAAUGUAUCAAUGUCACAAGAAGAAGAGGAUGAACUCCUGGACAAGUCACUCCCCGAAGACGAUGAGGAACUUAUUCGUGUUGAAGGAACAAAGGUUCAACUAUCUGGAAAACUAAUGAACAUGGUGUACACGGAGGAUAUAAAGAGACAGUCUUUGGUGCUGAAGGUUCCAAAGGGAACUGUCCAAGGCGGUCAUUCUGGUCAUCGUGGAAAGAAAAGGAAAGCUGCGUCCAGUCCACACUGUGAUUACCUCGCGAAAAAGAACCAAAAAACCAACCGACGAAGAAUCGAUCCUGUUAUUGUGCUAUCUGGCAUAUUUGAACAAAUUCUCAAUGAACUCAGAGACAUGCCUGAUAGUAGCCAUUUCCACUUCCCUGUAAAUAAUAAAUUCUUUCCUGAUUACUUCGACCGUGUGCCCAACCCCAUGGAUCUGCGUACAAUCCGUGAAAGAAUAAUCGAGAAAAAGUAUCAACUUACAUCUGACUUUUUGGGGGAUGUAUCAAAGAUCUAUGAAAACUCCGUCAUAUACAAUACAUCAAAAUCACUCAUUACAGAGUAUGCUCUGAAUCUGGUUAACCUCUGCAAACAGAGACUAAAAGAAAAGGCUGAGCAAUUGGAAAAAUUAGAAAGGUUGAUAAAUCCACUAUUGGAUGACGACCAGGUUGGUCUUGCCUACAUUUUGGAUCAGUGUCUUGCUAAGCUCAAAGGUGCACAAGAAGCAUUUCCAUUUUUGAAACCGGUAGACAGGAAAAAGGUGAAAGAUUACUAUGACUUGAUCAAAACACCAAUGGAUUUGUCUCACAUGGAAGAUAAGAACAAAGCAAAUGAGUACGAGUCAAGACAAGAGUUUUUGAGCGAUCUUCGUCAAAUCCAUAUCAACGCUGAACGAUAUAACGGCGAAUUAUCUGUGUUCACCAAGAAAGCCUCCGAACUGACCAACAUUGCGACAGAGUUUUUGACUCAGUUCAACGACCAGUUGAAAAUAUUCGAAGCAAAUAUUGAAAAGUCUAAAUCCAAAAUGUUCGAAGAAUUUGGCAAUCCCGAUGACACAUUUGGAGACUCUCAAGACGGCGAUGGAUAUGAUUCCGACGAGGAUGACGAAGACAUGGAAGUGGUGCCAGCUCCCGACGAAGACGACUACGAGCAGAGUGCGUCGGCCGCUGCCGUGUCAGGAAUUUUAGAAGAGUCUGAAAUUUUGUCCGACGUAGGUGCGGACAUUUCAAUUUCACAAGAGAGAGAAGAAGGAGAAUAUGUCAGCGACGAAGACGACUUUAGGGCACUUUCCAGCAGCCCCAUAAGACAUGAUGAGGACAGGUCAGUCAUGGACGAAUCCAUGUUACUAACCAGCACGAGUCAUCACCACCAUAAACCCUUUGGAGCUGAGACCCCUCGCAACAUUCACGACGAUCUAGAGGUCAGCGACUCUGAUGAUGAUGAUGACGAUGAUGAUAACGAAGACCAGUCAGGACGGGCUAGUAAGCAGCAAGAAGAGCGACCCAUCGACGAUCGGGAUAUAUGGUUUUGAACCAGUACUAUUAUAAUCUCUAAUUAAUCGAUUAUUUUUUUAAAGCUUCCACACAGAAACACUUUCUUUUAAAGUUUAGUUUAUAUGAUAUGUAAACUAUUGUAUUUAAUUAACUUUAUUGUUUCGUUAAACAAUAUUUACAUGCUCAUUAUAUUUGAAAUAUUUCAGACUUCAGAAUACAAAUAAAUAUUUGUAACACUUGACCAGCUUAGU